AUGUAAUUUUUAGUUUAGUUGCUGGAUCUUGUGGUUUAUCUUAAUGUUAAGAUCUAAAGACAAAAUCACCAAUUAAAUAUUAUGAUUAUGUAAUUAUAGGUAGAUAUGUUGGAGAUAGUGAUUUUACAAAAAUAUAUUUGGUUACUCAGUCUGGAUAAGUAAUUAAAGGAUUAAUAAUAAAUAUCCAUUAAAAGUAAAGGUCCUGCUCUCCACCUAAAUCUUAUAAAAAUCACUUUAUGCGAAAAUCCUAUGCAAUUACCCCCUGUAGAUAAACCUUGUUCAUUUAGGAUUCAGCAGUAGAUGAAUUAAAGAUGUGCGAUAGAAGUGAAAUAUUUAGUAAUGGUUAUUAAUUUUAUAUAUAGAAGGAGAUUGUACAAAAUCAUCUGUUGAUGGAUGUUCAGCUGGGUAUAUUUAUUAUAGAUUACAUUAUAUAGAUAUGUUAUCAUUAACAAAGAGAAUAGAAUAAAAACUAAGAGUUGGAUAUACUCUCAUAGUUUAAGAUUAUGA